AUGCUGGAUGCUGCCUUUGCAGCGGCCACUUUGUCGCUGCGUUUCACCACCGUCCUCUUUGUCCGUCACCAUCCGAUUGGGCCCAGAUAUCUUCCCAGAAUUUACGCUGCAUGUGGUGCAUAUCUCACUCUCGUUGCUGUCCACUGCUUGUCGUUCAUCCGCGGACCCAGUGACAGCAGACCGAACCCCCGAAGGCAUCUCUUGGGGAUUGCGCUGCUCGGCUGGCUCGAUCUCGCAAGACGCCCUAUCCUCUCCGCGCUGACCGUCCUUGUCAACGUCCUCUGCCUACUCGCGACUGUGGACUUUAUCUAUCGUGGCCAUAUCUUGUACCCCAGCGCCGACAGUAGCUUCUCGCGCCUCGGCUUUGUCUCUGUCUCGUCUGCCAGCAUCGCGAUCCGUGCACCGAACACAACCGCAGUUGAAUUGCAGUAUCGUGGCCAGAAUGAUAAGGGGGAAGGCAUCGACUCAUGGACAGUCGCGGAGACAAUCCGCACAUCAGACGAGAGUGACUGGACGGGCAUCUUCCACAUCAACGGUCUGACGCCAGGCACCGAGUACACCUACCGCACCAACGCGAGCCAUGAGGGCACAUUCAAGACAAGCCCUUCCACCCUCAAGAAGUUCACGUUCGUCUCCACGAGCUGCAUCAAGCCCUUCUACCCGUACAACCCGCUCAACCACGCCCUUCGCAUCCCCGGGCUCGAACACCUCGGCCGCUUCGCUUCCCAGCGCACCAUCGACUUUGUCCUCUUCCUCGGCGACUUCAUCUACAUCGAUCUUCCCCUGCCGCUGGGGUGGUCGCGCGAGCACUACACCACCCUGUACCGCCAGGUCUACGCGUCGCCGAGCUGGUCCACCGCGGCGCUGCGGAACGUGCCGUGGCUUCACGUCUACGACGACCACGAGAUUGUGAAUGACUACCACUCGGAGCAGCUGCUCAACAGCACAGCAGCUGGGUCGGCGGCCGCGGCCAUUGAUUAUGACAGCGCGCUGCAUCCAUAUUUCCACUACCAGGGCCACGCGAAUCCGCCCUCUUCGGAGAAAUUUGGCCAGGGCGAGGCGUACUACACGUUUUCCCAUGGAGACGUUGCAUUCUUCGUGCUCGACACGCGGCGCUACCGGUCGGCGCCGGACACGCCGGAUCGGGUGGGCGAGAAGACGAUGCUGGGCGCGAAGCAGCUCGCGGACUUGCGGCGCUGGCUGGAGACGGAGGAUAAGUGGAAGGUGGUGGUCAGCAGCGUGCCCUUUACUCGCAACUGGCGCGGCCCGGACGCCGCGGACUCGUGGGCAGGGUAUCUGGCCGAGAGGGAGGUCGUGUUUGAGAUGAUGCGGAAGACGGAGGGCGUAGUGAUUCUGAGCGGUGACCGCCAUGAGCACGCCACGACGCUCUUCCCCGCCUCCACCUCUACCGAUCCCCGCGGCAAAGACAUCAUCGAGUUCUCCACCUCGGCGCUGAACCAGUUCUUUGAGCCGUUUAGCCGGCACCACCGGCAGAUCGAGGACACCGACGUUGCCAUUGCAAACUUCUACAAGGGCAACUCGAAGUUUGCGGCCGUGACGUUCGACACGUCUAACUCCUCGCGGUGGAUCACAGACUUUGAGCUGGUGAUUGACGGGGUUGUUACUUGGACGUAUCAGUGGGUUUUCGUUCGGUAG